AGGCUGACGUGGUGCGCGCCAGUCCAGUGUUUACAUGUGUGUCUCGGGCGGCGGACCUCCGUUGGCAGGGCAGCAUACCAUGAACAGCAAUGCAGAAGCAGAAAGAACAGCAAGAGAAGAAAUAAGGGAACCGGUUGAAGGGGAAGAGUCCUCUCCACACACAGAUAAAAGUCUCCUCUCCAAGCCCCCUCCUGCACCCACACAGUCCCACACCGCAUCCCCUCCAAGCAGCAAGCAGAGUGUGGUGGACCUCCGUAAGCUGAAAAGAGAGGAGCUGAAAUGCAUCAAGCCCUCAGACAACACUGUUAAACCAUUUGCUGGCUUGAAGAUCCAGGACUCCAGCUUCCUUGACCAGAUUGAUGAUCGAAGCAACUGUGACAAGUGCGGCAAAUCAAGGAAAUACUUUUGCUACACUUGCUAUGUGCCGCUGCGAUGCAUUGCCAGCCACGUCCCUUCACUGCAGCUUCCCUUCAAGAUCGACAUCAUCCGCCACCCCCGAGAAAUUGCAGGAAAAAGCACAGCCGUCCAUGCCGCCCUGAUCUGCCCAGAAGAUGUCACCAUCCACACUCACCCUUCCUUGCCAGACUACUCAACCCAGAGCAAUGAUGUGGUGUUGAUAUUCCCAGAAAAAGGCGCAAUGAGUGUGGAGGAGUUGGUGCGGCCUGCCCAACCACCCGCCCUGAAGCGCCCUCGCCCACACCUGCCCUUCAGCAAAGUGGUGUUCAUUGACUGCACCUGGAACCAGACGCGGCGAAUAUACUGUGACGAGAGGGUCAGAGGGCUGCGUUGUGUCGAGCUGAAUAAACACGAGACCUUAUUUUGGCGUUAUCAGCGUGGUAAACCCAAGACCUACCUCGCCACCAUAGAGGCCAUUUACUACUUCCUGGUGGAGGUGUACAAGGCCACCAACACAGACACCUCCUACCAGGGACAAUAUGACAACCUCCUCUUCUUCUUUAAGUUCAUGUAUGAGAAGAUCCACUCACAGUAUGAUACAGAUCUCCUCAGAGCUUAUAAGGAUCUCUAGUCCAGGGAGUUUAAGGGAGAGAGAGAGGGAUGGAGGGUGAAGGGAAAGGGAGGGACGGAGCAUUUGUAAUAGAAUAACUGUUAUGGGGAGGUGGGAAAAAGGAGUUUGUUCUUCAGUACACCAGGUAUUCGUAAUAUGCGAGGGUUACAUUCUGCAAAAAGCUCGCAUAAUGUGAAUUUGCAUAUAUCGAACCUAUCAUCCUAUUAAUUCUAGGGGGUUAUGUUCCACGACCCGUUUUCGAACCCUCUAACUAUUUAUUCCGGCACCGUUUCACAAUAAUAAAGCAUGGUGAUUGUUUCCGGGGAGACACACUGGUUAGUCGCAUAUGAGUGAAUUCACAUCUUUCGAACUCGCAUAUAUCGAUUACGCGGUGUAUAUCUGAAGCAAAGGAGUAAAUUCUGGGUGUUAUGUAGGGAAUUCAAGAUGAGAAUUUAUUACAGUGGAGUUACCAAGAUUAGGAUCAGAGGGAGGGAAAGGUUAAUUAUAGGCGAGGAAAGUGCGGGAAAACACUUGCACCCGCUGCCCUCUAGUGCGAGUCGGCCACCAUACCUCACCAACCAGUCACACCAGCGCCGAUACUCGUGAAUUUUUCUCGCAUAAAACGAAUACUUGGCACAUUUAGGUUAGUCACAUAUGAGUGAAUUCGCAUCUUUCGAACUCGCAUAUAUCGAUUACCUGGUGUAUCUGAGGCAAAGGAGUAAAUUCUGGGUGUUAUGUUGGGAAUUCAAGAUGAGAAUUCGUUACAGUGGAGUUACCAAGAUAGAGAAGAGGGAGCUUGCCUUUUGUGGGCAUGUAGAGGGAGGGAGGAGAAACAACUACUUUUGUUAUUAUAAAAAAAAAAUAUACAUUGUUGUUUGUCAAGUCUGUUUUGGUCUGCUGAACUCUA